AUGACGGAUGAACUGAAAUUAGAUCACCGUGCAAAAAAAAGGAUCAAAGAGGUUAAAAGGAAAGCAAGACCAGGUAAACAUGUCAUAACCUAAUUUUAUAACCUAUACGUUGACGUGAUAUGGACGUAAAUUACUUUUAACAAACAAUUAUUCUUCACGAAUUAUUUUAUAUUACUAGUAUGACUAGAAGUAAUUGAGUCACCGUUUGUCUUCUUGUGACGCUCGUCGUUAUAAACAGAAUUUGGAUAUGUGAUACAAGACCGAACUAUCUUUGCCGACCUUGGAUGAUGUAACUUCAAAUUUACUGAAAGUAUUACGAUAACAAUGUAAUAUAAUGCACUUAUUCAUAAAUAGUUUACUGUUUUAAUUAUUGUAUAAGCAUUAAAUAUCUUUCAUUACAUAGUAUCAGUAAUACAUACAAAUACAAUAAAUCUUCAUUAUUUACAUACUAUAUUUUAUUUUAUAUUAUUGACGUCCCAUUGUUUUAAACAUUGUUCUUAUUCUUUUCUUUACAAUAAUUAAAUGUUUCUUCUAGAACUUGGUGAUAAGGCUGCUUGGAUCCAACAUGGCUACAAUAAAAAAUUUGAAUCAUUUUGGAAUUUUAUGGAUAAUGUGGAUCGUAUUGAUGAAUCUAAAGUAUCUACAGAAGAAUUUAUAGAAAAAUAUGAAAAACCUUACAAACCUGUGAUAAUACAAGGUGUUCAAAAUGGUUGGAAAGCCCAGCAUAAGUGGACUAUAGAGAGGUUAAUAAAAAAAUACAGAAAUCAAAAAUUUAAAUGUGGCGAAGACAAUGAAGGAUAUAGUGUAAAAAUGAAGAUGAAAUAUUAUGUACGCUAUAUGCUUAAUAAUGAAGAUGAUUCACCUUUGUACAUCUUUGAUAGUUCCUUUGGUGAACAUCCUAGACGAAAAAAAUUACUAGAAGAUUAUGUUAUUCCUAAAUAUUUCCGUGAUGACUUGUUUCAAUAUGCGGGAGAACAUAGAAGACCACCAUAUCGUUGGUUUGUUAUGGGACCUGCAAGGUCUGGUACAGGCAUACAUAUAGAUCCAUUAGGAACGAGUGCCUGGAAUGCACUGAUUUCCGGACAUAAGCGAUGGUGUUUAUUUCCUACACAUACACCGCGAGAACUUCUUAAAGUAUCUGCAGCUGAAGGCGGUAAACAACGAGAUGAAGCUAUUACAUGGUUUUCUGUUAUUUAUCCCCGUACAAAAUUGCCUACUUGGCCACAAGAUUGUUUACCAAUAGAGAUUUUACAAAAUCCUGGUGAAACUGUUUUUGUUCCUGGUGGUUGGUGGCAUGUUGUUUUAAAUCUUGAUGAAACUAUAGCAGUCACUCAAAAUUUUUGUUCCCGUACGAAUUUUCCCAUAGUGUGGCAUAAAACAGUACGGGGAAGACCAAAAUUAUCACGUAAAUGGUUAAAAGUACUCAGGGAUAAAGAACCAGAAUUAGCAGCAUUAGCUGAAACUAUAGAUGUAAAAGAAGAUACAGGUGUUGCCAGUGAUUCUUCCAGUGGUUCUUCAAGUAGUUCUUCAAGUAGUAGUAGUAGUAGUCAAUCAGAAGACAGUGCCGACGAUAGUGGUCAAGAAUCAUUGACAACACAUAAAAAGAAGAAGAGGUAUAUAUUUAUUGUUAUAUAUAUUUUUUGAAUUGAAAGAAACCCACGUUUAAUAUUAUUAUUAGUCUAUUUAUUUUUUUGCAAUUAUAAUUAGACAUAAUACUGUUUUUAAAUUUUUAGAAGAAAACUAAAUAAUAGCCAACCCUGA